CGGGGCCCGGGGGCGGGGCCCGGGGGCGGGGCCAAGGCGAGGGCAGGGGAGGCCGCGUCCCCGGAUGGAGGCCAUCGCCAUUUAGGCGGCCGAGAGGGGCAGGCGUGGGGGUUGGAGGGUGUUGGGUUGUUGCUGCUAUGGGGUGUUCGUCGCAGCUGGUGUUGCUCGUCCUGCUGGUGUUCCCUGCCGCCAUGCUGCUUGGCGGCACCCGCCGCGGCCCAGGUGCAGGUUUACUCGUUGCAGCUCAAGAUGCUGCAGAAGAUGAGGAAGCUGUGGAAGAUACUGUAGUUGAAGAUGAAGAUGAUGAAGCAGAAGUUGAAGAAGAUGAGCCUACAGACUUGACAGAAGAAAAAGAGGAAGAAGACUUGUCAGGCGAACCAAAAGCCUCACCUAGUGCUGACACAACCAUCUUAUUUGUGAAAGGUGAAGACUUUCCAGCAAACAACAUCGUAAAAUUUCUGGUAGGCUUCAGCAAUAAGGGUACAGAGGAUUUUAUUGUUGAGUCUCUUGAUGCUUCUUUCCGUUACCCUCAAGACUACCAGUUUUAUAUCCAGAACUUCACAGCUCUCCCACUGAAUACAGUAGUUCCACCACAGAGACAAGCCACAUUUGAGUACUCUUUCAUCCCAGCUGAGCCUAUGGGUGGUCGUCCUUUCGGACUAGUUAUCAAUCUGAACUACAGAGAUGUAAAUGGCAAUGUGUUCCAAGAUGCUGUCUUCAAUCAAACAGUUACAAUUAUUGAAAAAGAAGAUGGGCUGGAUGGAGAAACGAUCUUCAUGUACAUGUUCCUUGCUGGACUUGGUCUACUUCUCAUUGUUGGCCUACAUCAAUUAUUAGAAUCCAGGAAGAGGAAGAGACCAGUACAGAAAGUAGAGAUGGGAACAUCAAAUCAGAAUGAUGUUGAUAUGAGCUGGAUUCCUCAAGAAACUUUAAAUCAAAUCAAUAAAGCUUCGCCAAGGCGGUUGCCCCGCAAGAGGGCACAGAAAAGAUCGGUGGGAUCUGAUGAGUAAAUGUUAAAUUGUACAACAGUUCAACUGUUACUAAUCCUGCCUGUUUGGAUUUUUUUUUGGAUUGAAGUAGUGCAGAGAGUCCAUACCACCAUAAGGAAGAUACUGCUAAACAUUUGGACUGAACAGAUUAACUGAAUGGUGUUAAUAUUACUGAAAAUGCACUUCUUUUUUUGUUAAUAAUUGUUGGGGGAGGGGAGGUAGCCAUUAAGAUUUGUGCCUGUGUGUGUAAGCAGUUGGUCUUAACAAAAUCAUACUACCUGAAAUGUGCCUUUAGAGUUCUUUGUAAUGCUGGCUUCUCAUCUGUAUGCUGUCUUUGAGGGAUUUUUCCCCUCCCUGUUCACCCCAAUCUGAAUGUGUAGUGACUUAAUCUGUCUUGAUUGUAUACUAUCUGUAUCAGUCUGUAUGCAUUUUUUUUCAGAACUUUCUGUACAGCACACAUACUGAAGAAGUUUGUGUGUGUGGUCCUACUUCAGUGUUAACACUGAUUAUCUAGAUUUCUGCAUAAUUAGCAUUCUAAAGGCACAGUUGGGUAUAGCUGCUUGUAGCAGUAGACAUCUUGCUGCUGUUUUGAUCUGAGCAUGCAGUGAGCUAAAAAUCUGAACUUAUCUCUGUAAAUGUUAGGAGGACUCUUAUACAGCAGCAGAACUUGUGAAGCAUGGAAUUUGUGUGCUGAACUGGUAUUACUACAUAAAUUUUUUUUACCCAA